CGUUUAUCCACGGGCAUUGCUCGAUGUGGCGCGUAGCUUUUCGGUCGCGCGACCGUUCGCUCGAGCGCGUUUAUUGUUACGCGAUUCUUUCUUUCUUUUUUUUUGUUCCUUCAUUUAGUCAGUGCGAUACACAUUGUUCCAUAAUUGUUCCGGACUUUGAUCACGUUCUGGCUCUUUCGUCACUCGCUUUACUUUUGUGAUUUUCACCUACGUCACCACCCUCUCAUCUCUUUCAAAACGUGUCUCUCGAGCACGAAUUUCGUGACGAAUUAGUGACUGCUGAAGCGACAGUGUCAAGCCCGCUCAACGAUGCGACGAGGGGGUUUAGUGUUUUGGGCAAAAACAAAUAACGCGUGAAAUCCUUUGGAACUCGCGAGCUGAAUGAGUCUGCAGCGCCGAGUUAUUGCGACGCGACAAGUGGGACACGAGCGAUUCCCACUCUCGAGAAUAAUCCUUGUUGCUGUCGCCUGUACAGCAACGGCAACAGCCUCUCGAAAGGUUUCGAGGACGUUUUAUGCUCUCUUACGCAACUCGUGGUGGUUUCUCUCCGAUCUUACCAGCGGUCGUACUUUGAUUAAUUAUUGGUUAAUUCUGCCCUCGGAUAAGCCGGCUCUGUUCGAAGGUCUCAUGAGGCAAUAUUGAUGUCGCAACACCUACAAAAUGUGAAAAAAAACAGCGUUUACGAAACGAUGAAUAAAAUUUAAUUGGUCAAUUGACCGUGGAACUCGACAGAUAAAUUUUAACUUUGCUGUCAAAAAAAAAAAAAACUGAUGGAAGGAAUCGAAUUAGUUACGAUGGUAUUUGUGCUCGCGCGAAAGAGUUUUUCUUCGCGACAAUGAGUCACGGCACCAUAUCGACGAGCUCGUUGGAAAAGCGAAAGUGGAACGGAGAACCUCGAGCUUAUUUACAUCGACGGAACGUACAAUCUCAUUUAAUUCCCCAAUAGCUCUCGUUCCAUCGUGAAAUAAAAAUUAAACUGUACCAAAGUGCAGAGAGGCAGGCGCGCGCGGUCCAAGUGUAAAACUUUCGGAGCGAGAGAACGAGGGAGAAAGAGAUCGAGAACGCGGAAAAAUUGAGCGGUAAAGUAAAGAAAAAAUGGGUGGUCAAAACGAGGGAAAAGAUUACGAGUGCGGUUUAAGCGCCGAGGCGAAAGACGCAGCGAGAGCAGAGCUACGAGAAGACGACGCAACGAGGCGACACUCUCUCGAGCAGUUUCGCGAUUGGAUCUCGAAACAUCCGCACAUCAAACAAUGUCGCACGGAUUCCGUAUUUCUACUGAGAUUUCUGCGAACUAAAAAAUUCAGUCUCCCCAUGGCUCAGGAAAUGCUCGAACGUUAUCUCACCAUCAGACAACUCUAUCCGGAAUGGUUUCAAAAUUUGGAUAUCGACGAUCCUGAUAUCGAAGCGAUCAUCGACAGUGGCUAUCUCGUACCCCUCCAACAGCGGGACGAACGCGGUCGGCGUGUCAUUCUCUCGUGCGCUGGACGUUUCGACCCUUACAAGUACACUUCAGCCCAGAUGGCACGCGCGCAUAGUCUCGUCGUCGAAGCGCUCAUGGAUGAUGAGGACAAUCAGGUCCAUGGCUACAGUCACGUCAAUGACGAGUCCGGGCUUACCAUGGGCCAUUUGAGCGCGUGGUCUCUCAAUGACAUCCGAAAUAUGCUCAGGUGCAUACAAAACAGUACACCGAUGCGUCACAAGGAGACGCACUUCAUCAAUAUACCAGGCUGUGCUACCAAAAUAAUCGAGUUUGCUAUAUCGCUUCUCAACGAAAAACUUCGCUCCCGAAUCCUCGUCCACAAGAGUCUCGAUCAUCUCAGAGAAACUAUAAAUCCGAAGAUUUUGCCCAAAGAGUACGGCGGCGAGGUUCCACUCGCCGAUAUGAUAGCCUCUUUCAAAAAGGAAUUGCGAUCGAAGCGAGACCAGUUGAAGGCCUUGGACGAUAUGUACAUUGAGAUAACCAAAGACAGCACGUGUGCCAAUGGCACGAGUGGCCAAACAUCGAACGACGCUUUGGACAGCAGCAUUUCCGGUUCCUUCCGGAAGCUCGAGGUCGACUAAUCGUCCAGUUUCUACCUGCUGGCCCUUAAUAUCUAAAAUUAAUCGAUUGUUGAUAUAAACCACGUGUUAUCCGUGCGUUAAUGCUAUUGGAGUUUGAAUUGUUGCGAUGGACAAAAGAAAUUUUUAUUAGCGAGUUAAUUAAAUCGACCUUUUAAUCGUAGCUAGAAAAAUAAAGUAAUUGGAAACGAUUCAAACUCCAAUGUCAGGAUUAUAUGUGUAUAAUAGACAUUUAGAAACUGUCGUAUUCCGUCGUCGGUGGUAUCAGUUACCUUAAACCGAAGUCAGCAAAGGGGAGUUCAAGGAGUGUUAACGCUUCAUUUUGGACCCGUGCUAGACUCGUUGUUUUCUUAAUUUUACAUUGCGUAGCGGGCUUUCGCGAUUUAUAGAUUUUAUUUUAAUGGUAUUAACAUUUUUAUGUAUUUCCCGAUCAACAUAUGUUGCUAUUAGAUUUUCUGUUUUAUAAUAAUACAAAUAAUUUACUGCUCUUGUAUAUUUUUAUUGGUAAGUGGAUCGAGUGCAAGUUCACGUUGUUUUUGGAUUAUCUAUAAAAAUUAACGAUACGAUUAAGGCCGGAGUACAAUUUUAUUUUUUCAUUCCUUAACAGUACAUUAGUUAUUGUUUUUUAGUGUUGUGCGAAUCAGAAUAUUUUAUCUGUAUCAUAAUUUUGCUCACUCUGUUUUUGAAAUAAUAUAUUUUUUCGACGCAUAAA